UUCUGCAGGCUUACUUCUUACAGAACACAUGGAUCCAGCGGCUCUAGCAGCAAUAGGGGAACGGGAACUAAAAGAGGAAGAGAAAAAAGAAAUACGCAGGAUCUAUAGAUCUAUCGAUACGAACGGUGACAACAAACUGAGUGCCGCGGAGAUAUUACGAGGAGCACAAUUACUGGGGAUCAAUCCCACACGGGAGGAGGUCAACUCGUGGAUGAAGGAAACGGACCAGAAUGGUGAUGGGUAUAUGGGAUUCAAAGAAUUCAUGGCAAUCAUGAAGACAAAAAUGUUAGCGAAAGAACAGGAGAGGAAACAGUUUGAAAAAGCAUUUAAAAAGUUUGAUACAAAGAACAAUGGCUAUCUGAAUAAAGCGCAACUUGCCAAAGCAUUAAGGAAAUAUGGAGAGGAAUUCACACCGGAAGAGGAAGAAGAAUUCUUCAAGAUCGCAGACGCAAAUGGCGAUGGCAAAAUACAGGUAGAGGAAUUUGUGGAACUUUUCAUGGGCACUGGUUGAUGAUCAGAAAAACAACACCUUUACUAUAUUCAGGGAAUUGAAACGAAAAUGUAUAUUAAAUUUUAUUGUAUAUCGUUUCGUAUGAAUUUGGUACACAAAAGUUUGCAAUCAUUUACAAUUAUUAUUUUAUUAUAUAUCAUUAUACAGAUAUAAAUGCAAUCAAUUCCAUCCUACAUAUUCGAAAUUUCAUUAAAUGGGUAUGUCGAGAUUAAUUCAAACUUUGACUUCACAGAGAGAGAGAGAAAGAGAGAGAGAACGCGCGAUAGAGAGAGAACGCGCGAUAGAGAGAGAGAGAGAGAGAGAGAGCAAAACAUGAAAUAACUAUUUCAUCAGAUUUGCAGGCUUAUAUAAAUCAUAAAGCAAUGCAAUACAUAUUAAAUAAUGUUAAGAAUUGAAUAUAAUCAUAAGAAGGUCAAACUACUUUAACUCCGUCCUCGAGAGCGUACAGCUGCCGCAGCACUCACUCUACACACAAAAAAGAUUCUACCAAAUUGCCUCUUUUUCACUGCCAGCCACCAUGGAUUAGACUCGGUAGCCUCACAUGGAUCAGUGGAACAGAAAUUCGUGGCACAGUCCGUGGGAUCAGCCUUCCAACGACAUAGCGCGUUCAUCGUCGCCUGGAAGACGUCAGAAUACUCCGUAGACUCCUGGAUUUUCGC